AGGGCAGGGCUGCAGAUCAGGUAGUGACCAUAGGUAGUGACAGUUGUCCUGCAGCAGGUAUACUCGGCAUUGAGAAACGCCCCCAAUAUACUUUAAUACUUGCUGCAAACCGCCCACCCAUGCGUACCAGAUUAUCCCGCUAUGCUUGUCUCUUCCGGUUGCGUAGCCUUACCGGUGAACUGCGAACUCCAGCGAGCCAGUCUUGUCUUGUCUUCAGACCGACAUAUAACACCGGUCUCCCUUUGCUCUUCGCCCGGAAACUCACGAUGCAGUCGGGUGGAAAUGUGACGGGCAGCGGAGUCAAGGAGGAGGGCCCGGGCGGUGUAGAGAAGUCGGGGCUCUCUAGCAACAUUCCCUCUGUCACAACAGAAGAUGUUGGUCCUCCCGAGGAGAAUAAACGAGUGGGGGGAAUGCGUGAGAAACGUUUUGGGACCCCGAGUCCCUUAUUUGGGGCCAACUGUGAUUACGACUCGGAGGCAGAGGCUUUCCGGGAUGGGAGAACCGAGGAGGUUGACCGGGACACCCGGAGCAGGGCGUUCUCCUGGUGCAGAGACUUCCUAGCUGGGUCCUGGAAGACCGUCGAAGAAAGGGAUUUUCAAAUAAGCAUUGUUAGUGGGGGGCUGAGUAAUCUGCUCUACCUGUGUUGUUUGCCUGACCAUGUGCCCGCUGUCGCAGAUGAACCUCGCGUCGUGCUCCUCAGAGUGUAUGGUGCCAUCUUACAGGGAGUGGACUCCCUGGUGUUGGAAAGUGUGAUGUUCGCCAUCCUGGCAGAACGAACUUUAGGACCAAAACUGUACGGCAUCUUUCCCCAGGGACGCUUAGAACAGUACUUUCCGAAUACCCGCAUGCGCACAGAUCAACUUCCCGAUCCUGCCAUAUCGGCUGAGAUUGCCACCAAGGUGGCAGGUUUCCAUGAAAUGAGCAUGCCCUUUAACAAAGAGCCCAGUUGGCUCUUUGGGACCAUUGACAAAUACAUGGAUCAAGUGAUGAAGCUUAAUUUUGUACGUGAAGCACAUGUGAAGAAGUACAAUAAGCUGAUGAAAUUAGACCUGCCUGCUGAGCUGGAGAAUCUACGUGCGCUGCUGGCCGAGACUAAAUCACCAGUGGUGUUCUGCCACAAUGACGUCACGGAAGGUAACAUUCUGAUACUGGAAGACAAGGACCCCAAAACCACUGACAGACUCAUGCUGAUUGACUUUGAGUACAGCAGUUACAAUUACAGGGGGUUUGACUUUGGGAACCAUUUCUGUGAGUGGAUGUAUGACUACACCUAUAACCAGUGGCCCUUCUACAAAGCCACACAGGAGAACUAUCCCACCAGAGAGCAGCAGCUUCAUUUCAUCAGAGCUUAUUUGGCACAGCAGAGAGGACACUCUGACAUUUCCAAGGACCAGACACAGGAGGAGGAGGCCAUGAUAAUUGAAGCUAACAGGUAUGCAUUAGCUUCACAUUUCCUCUGGGGGCUGUGGUCCAUCAUUCAAGCAAAGAUUUCCAAGAUCGAGUUUGGAUACAUGGACUAUGCCCAGUGCCGCUUUGAUGGCUACCUCAAGUUAAAGAAAGCCUUCUCCUGAUUCCCACGUUUUGAUAUAAAAUGUAUGCAACUCUGCUUACUACAAGCAAUGUUGGGUGGAAGAUAUACAUGUACAUUUGAACAUAAUGCAGACAAUCCAGCCUAUUAAAGCAUCUUUCUCUGUAAUUCGAAAUUCUUUUAGAGCAGGUAAAGCUCUACGGCGUGUUCAAAUUGGUUGUGGGGCAUUUGAGGGGCUCAGUCAACAUGAUGGUCGGCUACUGUACUAAACAAUGCUGGUCAUGUCUCAAAAUUCGAGUUAUUUUAGAGUUUUUUGUUUUAUUCUGCCUUGCUCCUUUUUUCUGAGGUCCAUUCUGAAUUAGGGUUGUUCUUUGGAGGUCCAAUAAUGUGAAGUUAAAAGCUUAAUUACCCACAUUCAACAAAAUAUUCCACAAGGGCUAUUUUGUACAGUAUCGAUGUAACUGUUCUAAUGGGUAACUAGAAAAUGCAUUUCCUGCAGAAAAUGCGUGCGAAUGCUGUAAAACUGUGAACAUUUGUGGCUGCUUUUAGCUACAAAAAUGCAGAAAAUGAAGUGUCUAGCUGAAAGUAUGUGGAAGGAGUAGCAUUUGGCGCAAAGU